AUGCCAUCCGCAUUCUCAGUCAGCAGGUUCCCCGUCAGCAUUCCCACCGUGAUCACGCAGACGGACUGGACGGAGCCCUGGCUCAUGGGGCUGGCUGUCUUCCACGUGCUCUGCCUGCUGCUCACCUGCUUCUCAUCCCAGAGGUACAGGCUGCAGGUGGGGCACUUCCUGUGCCUGGUCACCUUGGUCUACUGUGCCGAGUACAUCAAUGAAGUGGCGGCGAUGAACUGGAGGUUGUUCUCCAAACACCAGUAUUUUGACUCGAGGGGCAUGUUCAUUUCCCUUGUGUUCUCUGCACCACUCCUGCUCAAUGCCCUGGUCAUCGUGGUCCUGUGGGUGCGCAAGACCCUGGCGGUGAUGACUGACCUGCGGAGCUUACGGGAACAGAGGAGGGCUCGGGCACGGGCGCGGCCCAAGGAGGAGUGA